AUGGCCUCCUCAGCUACGCAAGGCAUCACCGUGGCCGUGACCGGCGGCGCUGGUGGCCUCGGCAAAGCAAUUGCAAUUGCUUUCCUCGAGGCCGGCAGCAACGUCGCCAUUUGUGACCUGAACCAGGACCAGAUGGCCCUCAUGGAGAAAGAAUGGGCAAAGAACAAUGCCAGAAUCCUGGUGUCGAAGACAGACAUCACUGAUGAAGGUGCCGUGGAGGAGUUUAUUGACAGCGUUGUUGCAAAGUUUGGCCGUCUCGACCUCGUCGUCAACAACGCCGGAAUCAUUGACAACUUUGAUCCUAUUGCCACGACGUCCAAAGCCUCGUGGGACAAGAUCAUCAACAUCAACUUGACGGGAACAUUCUUGACUACCAAGAGCGCGGUUAAUGCCAUGCAAAAGCAACCCAGCCCCGGUGGAACGAUCAUCAACAUUAGUUCCGUCGCCAGUUACAGGGGCGUCAACGGUGGCCUCGCCUACACUGUCAGCAAACAUGGGAUCGUCGGCCUCACCAGGAACACCGCGGGAUACUACGGCGACAUGGGUAUUAACUGCAUUGCGCUCUUGAUCGGAGGGAUGGACGACACCAACCUCGGUGACAAUUUCCAUGCCGGCGUAAACCAGGAGGCGAUGAUGCGAAUUGGCGCCGUCAAUCCAGGCUACGUGGCUGGGAAAACGAGUGUGGCUUCCCAGAUCUACCCUCAACAGGCGAGGGGCCAUUCGAGGGAGGAAGUAGAUCUGUUUUACGCAUGCUGGGCAGAUAAAAGAGAAAACACUGAGAAAUAUAACUUGAUUGUGAGGUAUGGAAACCAGAAUCUACGGGUGCUUUAUUAUUCUAUGACUUUAUGCCACCCAAAAUAG